UGAACUGAUUUCAGAUAUUUAUUCAAACAUUUUAUUUAACAGAUUUCAGUUAUAUAUUAAAUAAGAUUACAUCCAGAUAACAGUAUUCUGGUUGGUUUGACAAAGUUACAAGGAAAUAUGACCGAGCGAACAUUUAAGCAACGCAGAGCAUUUGAUGAAAGAGUUUCUGAUGUCCUACAGAUUCGUGAACAACAUCCCAACAAAAUUCCAGUGAUAAUAGAGAAAUAUCAUGGAGAAAAGAAUUUGCCGAUACUUGAUAAAACCAAAUUUCUUGUGCCAGAUCAUGUCUCGAUGUGUGAAUUGGUGCGAAUAAUACGGAGAAGACUUCAUCUGAGUCCCAACCAGGCAUUCUUCUUGCUUGUCAACCAAAGGAGCAUGGUCAGUGUUUCAUCACCAAUUUCUGAGGUUUACGCAGUAGAAAAAGAUGAAGAUGGAUUUUUGUAUAUGACUUAUGCAUCACAGGAAGUGUUUGGAUCAAUUAAUACAUUGUAAAAUAAAUGGGCGAUUUAAUUUUAUGUCUAUAAUUGUAAUAUUUUAUCAAACUUUUUAUUGAUGUGGUGUCAUGCUAUUUGUAAUGGUUGUUCAUUUUAACCAGAAUAUUGAGUCACGUUUUUCAAAAUCUUAGAACAAAAUUGUAAGUUAUUCGAGGUUAUUUUUUGCAUUACCUUGUGAAAUAUGAUUUGACUUGAAGUGAACAUACAUACUGUAUUGCUGAUUUGUUGUAUGUGGAAAUAAUCAGUUGCAUUAGACACCCAAGCUACAACUCAUUCAUUGGUUUUUAUUGGCUGUUAACUAAAUCAUAAAAAUGUGAUAUUUUCAUCAAUAUUUUUUAUCACACACUUUCUGCACUUGUAUAUUUGUAUAUAUAUUGAAUUCUUUGCUCAUUUUAGCAUGGUGUUUGUACUAUGUGAUAUGUCCUCAUGUAAACAGUCUGUAUUAUUUUAAAAAUGGGAUUGUGUUUCAAAUCAAUAGAUUUCAAUGAGUGUUCAAUUCAGGGGGACAAGUUUUGUUUAAAUUAAAAAACAUAUGAAGUUUUUAUCAAAUUUAUAAUCUGUAGAAUAUUAUUCUGUAAAAUGCGUAGUGUUAUUUCUUUGGGAAACACUUGUUUUAAAACGAAAAUAAAAAUCUGUAAUUAAUAAAUUAUAUAAACGAACAGGGAAUAUAAAAGUACAUAUUUCAGAAAACUCAAUUUGCAUGUUUCAAAUGUCGUUUCCAAGUCUGUUUUUAGAAGUUACAAAUGGAUAUGUCUGUAUAAUUUCUAUGGAAAGCCUGGAGGCUGUUGGAGAUGCCCACGCAAUGGUCCUAAUCUUUAAAAAUUAUGAAAAGCGUACAGAUCAUGUUCAUCAUAAAUAUGGUCUCAUCAGUGCAAUUCGUCGCCAAAUCAUAUGAAUGCAAGAGUUAAUCGUGGGCAACCAGUUCGCGCAUUGCUGAAUUCAUCCCUUGCUCGAUCGAUUCGUUUUACAUUUUCGAAUUCCACAUCAGACCAUUACGUGCUAUAUUGGAAUUGGGUAUUCUAUUCACACAAUCAA